AUGGCAGCCCAGGGAUGCUCGUUGUCUCUGUGGCUGUGGCUGUCCCUGCAGCUGUCACUACUUCUGGGGGCGAGAGCUGCCGCAGCGCGAUGGAGCGGGGCCGGCACCACGCCGCAUUUGCAAAGCAUCUUUCUGGGUCGCUGUGCAGAGUACACCACACUGCUGAGUCUCCAGCCCGGGCACCAAAACUGCACAGCCAUCUGGGAGGCCUUCAAGGCGGUGCUAGACAAGAACCCCUGCUCUGUGCGUCCCUCGGACUACGACCUCUUCAUCAACCUCUCCAGGCACUCUCUUCCUAGAGACAAGUCGCUAUUCUGGGAGAAUAACCACCUACUGGUUACCAGCUUUGCAGAGAACGCACGUCGCCUUAUGCCCCUCUGUGAUGUUCUGUAUGGCAAGGUUGGAGAUUUCCUGAGCUGGUGUCGACAGGAGAAUGCCUCUGGACUUGAUUAUCAGUCCUGCCCCACGUCGGAAGACUGUGAAAACAAUGCCGUGGACUCCUAUUGGAAGAGGGCAUCCAUGCAGUAUUCAAGAGACAGUUCUGGGGUGAUCAAUGUCAUGCUGAAUGGCUCAGAGCCCACAGGAGCCUAUCCCGUGAAAGGGUUUUUUGCAGAUUUUGAAAUCCCAUAUUUACAAAAGGAUAAAAUCACAAGAAUUGAGAUCUGGGUCAUGCAUGAAGUUGGGGGACCCAUUGUAGAAUCCUGUGGCGAAGGCAGUGUGAAAAUUCUGGAAGACAAACUGGAGGCCCUGGGGUUCCAGCACAAUUGUAUCGAUGAUUACCGACCUGUGAAGUUCUUAAUGUGUGUGGACCACAGCACUCAUCCGGACUGUGUCAUGAGCUUAGCAUCAGCCUCUCUGCAGAGGGGGAGCCCAGCUCUUUCCACAACAAGGGAUGCCAGUCUUGUCAUUUCUCUCUUAGUAGCUUUGACUUCAAGUUCUCAAGUGUGACUACAAAUUCACCAGAGUGUUCUAACGAAAGCCAGCCUUGAAUCCACCCUACCUAGGCCAAGGGCUCCCACUGUCUAGAGACACUUUCUUCUAGGAAAACAAUGUAUCCAGGCGGUA